AUGCAACGGGAUCGUGUUACUCACCGCAAGCCGUUUAUCAAUCAAGAGAAGAAGGAGACAAUAAUCAAGAAAAGCGAACCAGCAGCAGGAGGAAAAGGGCAAACAGCGAACACGGAUGCUAAUGACCAAGGCGACGAUCUUGGACCCGUUGCAGCCGGAAUCCUAAACUGGUUGUUGGACAGACAAAAUCGCCUGCUCGACGGCCAGAUAGAGUGCGUCAGUAGUCUGAUGCUUGACUACCUAGUGGACAAGACCCGCCUGUUGGCCGUUCUCUUUCUUCCAGAUGCCGACUUGCGGAACGAGGACGCCGUGCUUGAGUGGCUCGUGGACGACGAAACCCGGGAGCUGGCCGACGAGAUUGAGGCCGUCAACAUACGCAUGCUUGACAAGCUCGUCCACGACUCUCCGUUCCUCGCCGUGUUCUUCUGUGAGUUUCGUCUGUGCCGUGCUGCUGGGGCCUCAGCUGAUGCUCAGCAGCCGCUUCCGGCGCAGUUGUUUUCAUCCUCGUCGUCGUCAUCACCGUUUAUCAUUGUUGUUCUUGCUGUUGUUCGUCGUUUUCCUCCUAAUUUUUGCUCCCUCCAUGGAGACCUCAAGGAUGAGGAACGGGUUUUGGCCUGGCUCACAUCUCAGGAUGUAUUCGAGAUCAAGGAUGAGAUUGAGGAGGUGAAUCGAAAGAUGCUGGAGAAGCUGCUGGACGAAAACGACUUCGUGGCCGUAUUUUUCUACGAAGGGGACUGUCGGAAAUGCGACGAAGCACUGGAAGAGCUGGAGCGCAUCGACGACGAGACGGACAACCUGGACAUCACAUUUGUCAAGAUCAAAGACGCGAGAUAUGCUCGCAAAUACGGCAUCAACAAAUUGCCAGCACUCGUCUAUUUCCGCAAACGCUUUCCGUCCAUCUACAGAGGCAAGAUAACUUUCAUAUACAAGUACACUAGAGACCUGUUGGCAGAGGAUGAGGUCCUGGAUUGGCUCACCAAGAACCGGUUCAAGCAGCCCGAGCUGAACCUGUUCAUGUACGGACUCACGGCGCUGGCAUCCACGUUCAUCCUGUACACCCUGUUCCUGGUCUUCUGCUUCAAGGGCGGACACCAGGGCCCCGGAGGCGCAGGAGGAGGUGUUGGAGGCGCUGUUGGCGGCAUCGGAGGAGGUAUUGGUGGUGGCGGGGGUGCAGGAGGUGUCGGUGGUGGAAGUGGCGCUGGCAGCAGCAUGAUGAGUGCCUUGACGUCCUUGUCCGGAGGCACAAUCACUGGCUCAGGCUCCAACUCGGCUGGGACCCAGGCAGCAUCGGGAACGUCUGCUUCGUCUUCCCCGUCUUCGUUCAUCAACCAGGCCAUGCACCAGAAGCAAGCCUGA